AUGAAUGGAGCUGUCCUUGGACAGGAAUAUCCUGGACUGAGAAGUUUCUGGGUCUUUCAAAACUUAGCAAAACUGACCCACAAAACUCCAAGUGCACCUCCUCAGUCCGUGACUGUUCUUACAGUUGGAAAUCACAACAGCACAAGCAUCAGCAUCUCCUGGGACCCUCCACCUCCAGAUCAUCAAAAUGGAAUCAUCCAGGAGUAUAAGAUCUGGUGCCUAGGGAAUGAGACUCGAUUUCACAUCAACAAAACAGUAGAUGCAGCCAUUCGCUCUGUAGUGAUAGGUGGCCUAUACCCAGGUAUUCAGUACCGAGUGGAAGUUGCAGCAAGUACCAGUGCAGGUGUUGGAGUAAAAAGUGAACCACAGCCCAUAAUAAUUGGAGGCCGUAACGAAGUUGUCAUCACUGAAAAUAACAACAGCAUAACUGAACAAAUCACUGAUGUUGUCAAACAGCCUGCCUUUAUAGCUGGCAUUGGUGGUGCAUGCUGGGUAAUUCUGAUGGGUUUCAGCAUCUGGCUGUAUUGGCGAAGAAAGAAGAGAAAGGGGCUCAGCAAUUAUGCCGUUACUUUUCAAAGAGGGGAUGGAGGACUAAUGAGCAAUGGAAGUCGGCCAGGUCUGUUGAAUGCAAGCGAUCCCAGCUAUCCAUGGCUUGCAGACUCUUGGCCUGCCACCAGUCUUCCAGUAAAUAACAGCACCAGUGGACCUAAUGAUCUUGGGAAUUUUGGUCGUGGAGAUGUGCUGCCACCAGUGCCAGGCCAAGGCGAUAAAACUGCCUCUAUGCUUUCUGAUGGAGCCAUUUACAGCAGCAUUGACUUUACCACCAAAACAAGUUACAACAGUUCCAGCCAAAUAACACAGGCUACGCCAUAUGCCACCACCCAGAUACUGCACUCCAACAGCAUCCAUGAGUUGGCAGUCGAUUUACCUGAUCCCCAGUGGAAAAGUUCAAUUCAGCAAAAGAAUGACCUCAUGGGAUUUGGUUACUCUCUGCCGGACCAAAGCAAAGGCAACAAUGCCUUACUUUACAUCCCUGACUACCGAUUGGCUGAGGGAUUGUCUAAUAGAAUGCCACACAACCAGUCACAGGAUUUCAGCACUACCAGCUCUCACAACAGCUCAGAAAGAAGUGGCAGCCUCUCAGGUGGCAAAGGAGGGAAAAAGAAGAAAAAUAAAAAUGCUUCCAAACCCCAGAAAAAUAAUGGUUCAAACUGGGCCAACGUCCCCCUCCCACCCCCUCCAGUGCAACCCCUCCCAGGCACAGAACUAGAACACUAUGGGGUGGACCAGCAAGAAGCAGGCUAUGACAGUGAUGGUUGGUGUCCCCCUUUGCCAGUUCAAACAUAUUUACAUCAGGGCAUGGAGGAUGAGCUUGAAGAAGAUGAUGACAGAGUCCCUACGCCUCCUGUCCGAGGGGUUGCCUCCUCACCUGCAAUCUCCUUUGGACAACAGUCUACUGCAACACUCACACCAUCUCCACGAGAGGAAAUGCAGCCAAUGCUUCAAGCCCAUCUUGAAGAAUUAACCAGGGCCUACCAGUUUGACAUAGCAAAGCAAACGUGGCAUAUCCAAAGCAAUACUCAACCUCCUCAGGCUCCAGUUCCACCACUGGGAUAUGUAUCUGGAAACCUUAUUUCAGAUUUAGAAACAGAUGUUCCAGAUGAUGAUGAGGAUGAUAUUGAAGAGGAAGCUAUAGAAAUAACUAGGCCACUAAGAGGUCUAGAGCAUACACCAGGAUCCAGCAUGGACAAUCUAGACAGCUCUGUGACAGGCAAGGCGUAUCCUUCUUCUCAGAGACCUCGACCAAGCAGUCCAUUUUCUACUGAUAGCAACACAAGUGCAGCUGUGAGUCAGAGACCUAGGCCUACUAAAAAACACAAGGGAGGCAGAUUGGACCAACCCCCAUUGCCACACCGUAGGGAAGGAAUGACAGACGAUCUUCCACCACCACCAGACCCGCCCCCUGGUCAGGGUUUAAGGCAGCAGAUAGGCCCUGGCCAACGCGGAGGUUCGGCAGAGAGAAAAGGAAGUUCUCUUGAGAGGCAGCAUACAUCCAACAUAGAUGAAACAAAGAGCUCAUUGGAUCGUCAAGCUAGAACAUCAUUAGAAUGGCAGCGACAAACCCAGGAAUGGAUAAGCUCCACAGAACGUCAAGAAGAUUUAAGGAAAGCCCAACACAAACAAGCAUUUGGAUCAGAGGAGGCACUGGUGCCAUAUAGUAAGCCCAGCUUCCCAUCCCCAGGUGGUCACAGUUCUUCAGGAACUGCAUCUUCUAAAGGAUCAACUGGACCCAGAAAAGGUGAAGUCUUGCGAGGAGGUCACCAACGCAAUGCCAGUGACCUUCUAGAUGUAGGCUAUGUGGGAUCAAACAGUCAAGGACAGUUUACUGGUGAAUUAUAGUAGUUAAGAAGAGACAUCCCAAGCUGCUCUGAUGGACCAUCAGGUCUGAACUCAUGGAAGUGAUGACACUAAACAGUGCAAUGAACAUUUUCUUUAUUUAUGUACUAUUAAAAGAACUGUAAAUGCAAUGUAAAGACACACAGCCACACAUAUCCCACAGAUACUUUACUUGUGUUCUUCUCUUUAAUACACCAUCCACCUUAAACUAUUUCUUGUCAGGAGUAUAUAAAAAAGAAAGAAAAAAAAUCACCCUGAAGGAUGAAAAGGAUUUCCCUCUGUAUAUAAUUUCUUUUGUUGCAUUGCUAUGCAAGCUCACCUUUUUA